AUGACUGGAGUCUCAUCUCAAAUGCGAGAUAUUAUCUCGGGUGGUUCAUUCGUUAGAUCAUUAUCAAGACUAUCGGAGAAAUAUAACAUCAUAAUGGAUAUAUUAGGUUUAGGAUCAAAAGUCGAUGCAGACUUUAUACUUGAUCCUCAAGGUCAACGAAAACAGAUUGAUGUUAAAGUGGAUGAUACGAAACGAUCAUUACAAUAUAUUUAUUAUGAUGGUGAAGAUGUUAGUGGAACGGUAAAAAUAAAAUAUAAUUAA